ACCCUAAAUCCCAAUUUGAAUCGGAAUCAGUCUCGUGUCCUCCUCCCUUGGUGCCUCACUCAUACCUGUGUCCUCCGUUUCAACGUCGAAAACGAGUUUUCUCUUCUCUGCUCACUGUCACUGCUCUGUACCUCACUCCUCUGUUCUGUGGUUCUCUGUAAUACUUUUGUUUGGAGUUAGCAGUAACUAUCCUGAUACAUAUAAUCAGUGAAGUAUUGCUGGAAUUCUUUUGGCUCCAUACUUUACAAGAUAUGUAUUUAUUGAUAAUUAUAGACAUACCGACAUUAUUUCUUAAUCAUUUUGCUGUGUUUCCUAAUCAUUUGACAAUUUUAAUGUGUUCAACAUUGCUCUACAAUGGAUAAUGAUGAAUCAUGCACAUUGACUUUAUGUAUUUUGCUGUUAUCUGCUUCUUACUUAUGCUGAAAAUACAAAGGAGUCUUUGAAAUUAGUUUUGUUUAUAGUUGGACUGAUGUUCUUUUGUUAUAGAUGGAUUUAUAUAAAUCUAGAUUGUUUAUAGAAAUUAUGUUAUGACACUAAUGUUGAAAAUUGAAUUUGCUUGAAUUUUACUGUUAACUUAUUCUACCAUUGUUUAGAGAUGGACUGAUGUUCUAUUUUGCUGUUAUUGCACUAACGAUUAAUAGUUAAUUAUGAAAUUAAAUUUGAGUUGGAAACUUGCAAUUGUUAAAAUUUUUUGGCCCUUGAAACCCGAACCCUAACCCUGACCCAGUAGGCUUUUUGGCCCACAGGACUUUUUGACCCUAACCGACAUGGGCAUGGGCUAGGGCUAGAGCUGAGCCAAUUGGACUUUUUGACUGCUCUAGUUCCUAGUUAGUUUGUCAAAUUUGUUUUUUGACAACUUUGAAUACAUAAGUGAAUCCUCAAAGGUCAUUGUUUUCAUGCUUAGUUUAAUUGCAAAGUGGCACUGCAAUGAUGAAUUCUUUCAUUAAUGUAAUUUGUACACUUAAUACUUUUGUAAGACUUGAAUCUGUCUAUGUGUAAUAUUAGCCUUACAUUUACUAUAACUUGGCUAUUCUUGUUAAGGAUGAAUAUAAUUUUGUAAUAGUGCUUGUAUAAACAAACCCAAGCCCUUUUUGACGCAUCCAUUUGAACCAUUUGUAUUUAUUUGAUUUGUGUUUGUAGCCGUAGUUUGAUAUAGUUUGUGACUUUUAUUUUUUUCUUAAAUAUCUUUUUCAACUUUUGAUGUAGAGAUGGGAAAGAUGUACAAGAACAAGAAACAAGCUGCUAGGCAUGGACCUCCAGGAGAACAUACUGAUAUAGAGGAACAAGAAAUGGACAUAAGGGAGAUUAUGAAAGAUGUUGAGAAUUUUAGCUACUCGCACAUGACAUGGAAAGAACGCAAAAAGAUUGAAAAUAGGAAGGUCGUUUCUCUUGGUGGGAAGCCCCCAAAGAAUCAAAGAUUACCUUUAAGUGUGGCACGACCAAUGCUGAAGAAACAAAAUGAGAGGGAGCAAAAAAUGCUUCAAGAGCGUUUGAUUCUUGGACAAUUCGGGGCAAAGACUGGUGGUAGCAGUAAAAGAUCAUUUGGGAAACACAAACCUGAGAACAGGGGUCUUAAGUCAAGUGAAGGUCGCUUUAGGAAUGGCAUACUUGAUGUGAAGCAUUUGUUAAAUUCAGCACCAUCAAGAGAUCAUGAUAAUGGAACGAAUAUGUCCAAUGCAGGGAAAAGGAAAGGAGGUAAGAAGAAACAUGGUAAAAAGGGUGCCAGUAAGAAGCACCAUUGAGUACAUUCUUGUGAAUCAAGUGUUUUAGGAAAAUUAAGUAGAGUCAUAUUUUAUUGUGUAUGACCUUUCUUAAUCGAGUAUGAUCCAUAUGUAAGAUUUUGACACAGUAAAAUGAAGUAUAAAAAAGAAUGUAACAGGACACUGAUCAAUUGCCCGUUUUGUUUGGUAAAUUAUAGAACAGACUAAGAUCGUGUAUUGUUUUG